UCCCGGGGCUGAGUGUGGGUGGCUCCCAGACCCUGGCUGAGGCCCGGGGCUCCGGAUGCAGGUGGCAGGGCUGAGCCGUGGCAUGGCACACCCCCCAGGGCCAGAUGCACCUGGGGACGGCGGCGGGGAUGCGAGGCCCCGGUGGGACAACAAGCUCCAGUAUCUGCUGAGCUGCGUGGGCUUUGCUGUGGGCCUGGGCAACAUCUGGAGGUUCCCGUACCUGUGCCAGAGCCAUGGUGGAGGAGCCUUCCUCGUCCCCUAUCUUGUUGCCUUGGCCCUCGAGGGGAUUCCCCUCUUCCACAUUGAGCUUGCCAUUGGCCAGCGCCUGCGGAAGGGCAGCGUCGGGGUGUGGACAGCCAUCUCACCCUACCUGGGUGGAGUCGGGCUGGGCUGCUUCACCAUGUCCUUCCUGAUCAGCCUGUACUACAACACCGUCCUGAGCUGGGUGCUGUGGUACUUCCUCAACUCCUUCCAGCACCCGCUGCCCUGGAGCUCCUGCCCACUGGACCUCAACCGCACAGGGCUCGUGGAGGAGUGCCAGGGCAGCAGUACCGUGAGCUACUUCUGGUACCGGCAGACGCUGAAUAUCACGGCCGACAUCAGUGACAGUGGCUCUAUCCAGUGGCGGCUGCUGGGCUGCUUGGCUGCCUGCUGGGCGAUCGUGUAUCUGUGUGUCAUCAGAGGCAUCGAGUCCACUGGGAAGGCAAUUUACUUCACGGCCUCAUUCCCCUACCUGGUCCUGACCAUCUUCCUGAUCAGAGGGCUCACGCUGCCUGGGGCGACUGCUGGGCUGGUCCACCUGUUCACUCCCAAUAUGCAGAUUCUCCUGGACCCCCGGGUGUGGCUGGAUGCAGCCACCCAGAUAUUUUUCUCUCUGUCUCUGGCCUUUGGAGGACACAUCGCUUUUGCGAGUUACAACCCACCCAGGAACGACUGUCAGAAGGAUGCAGUGGCCAUUGCCCUGGUCAACAGCAUGACCUCUCUCUAUGCAUCCAUUGCUGUCUUCUCAGUCUUGGGGUUCAAGGCAGCCAAUGACCAUGGGCGCUGCCUGGACAGAAAUAUUCUCCGCCUGAUCAAUGCAUUCGACCUCCCGGACCAGGGGAUCUCCAGGGAAGCCUACCCUGCAGCUCUGGGGCAUCUGAAUGCCUCCCAGCCCAAGCAGGUCGCCCAGCUCCACCUGGAGUCCUGCCGCCUGGAAGACUUCCUGGAUAAGAGUGCCUCCGGCACGGGCCUGGCCUUCAUCGUCUUCACGGAGGCCGUCCUCCACAUGCCCGGUGCCCCCAGCUGGGCUGUGCUCUUCUUUGGGAUGCUGUUUGCCUUGGGCCUGUCGUCCAUGUUCGGGAACAUGGAGGGCAUCAUCACACCGCUCCUGGACAUGGGGCUCAUGCCCAGAUCGGUCUCCAAGGAGGUCCUGACUGGGGUGACCUGCCUGGUCUGCUUCCUCGUGGCGAUCUGCUUCACGCUGCAGUCUGGAAACUACUGGCUGGAGAUUUUUGACAAUUUCACCGCUUCCAUGAACCUGCUGGUCUUUGCCUUCUUUGAGGUGGUGGGCGUUGCUUAUGUUUACGGGAUGGAGCGGUUCUGUGAUGACAUAGCGUGGAUGACAGGGAGGCGGCCUGGCCUUUACUGGCAGGUGACCUGGAAGGCUGUCAGCCCCCUGCUGCUGCUGACCAUCCUUGCGGCCUAUGCUGUCCUCCUGGCCUGGACGCCGCUGAGCUACAAGGCCUGGGACCCCCAAUAUGCGCAGUUCCCCUGGAGGCAGGAGAAGUCCUACCCGGGCUGGGUACGGGCCACCUGUGUGCUCCUGUCCUUUGUACCCUCCCUGUGGGUCCCCGCUGUCGCGCUGGCCCAGCUGCUCUUCAGGUGCAGACGGAGGCAGGACGCUGGGCAGGACCGUGGUGAAGCUGCUGAGGGCCAGGGACGGGCGUGGGGAGGGCUGGGCCCCUGUGCUGCUUGCUAGCAGAGCACCCAACCGUAUUACACACUUGCUCUGACCCUGAGACCCGUGGUAGUUGUCACCUGAUGUCCCCAUGCCCUCCAGACCCAGCUCAUGGCACACCCCAGCUCAACAUUGUCCAUGCUGUUUGACAAACUGGAGGCGGCCUAGUCUGGCUGCCAGGGCCUUGCCAUCUGGGGUCCUGCAGGUGCCAUCUGGGUGGUCAUAUGCUGUGCCUGCAAAUGUGUAAACACCAUGGCGUGUGUGGGCGGGGGUCCCAACUACCAAGCAGGCUGGCAGAGGAGCCUCUGAGAAGGCCCAUGGCCACAUCCUCUGCAGCUGGGGGCAGCUGGGGGCCUCAGGCCACUCGAGCUGGGAGGAUCUGCGUGGCUGACCUCCAAAAAGUUGAUGCCCCCACGGUGAACUCAGAGGAAGGCCGUUUAUUCACUUAGAGGACUGGGGUCAUGGGCAUGGUCUGCUGUGACCAUGUUCCAAGUGGAGGGACCUCUGGGGUGCGGCCAGGCAGCAGAGGUGCAGCAAUCACAGAGAACCCCCCAGCUGCCCACCCUUGCCCAGGGCAGGCCCUCCUCCCGUGAGCCCAUGAGUAGGAGCUGCCAGGGGCUGGGGAUCUGCAGGGCCACUGCUGCAAGCCCCCCUCCUGCAGCAGCCUCAGGGUCACCUGUGUCCCCAGAAACAAAGAGGCUGAGGAACCUCGCCCACUCACUCCUGGCCGCCCCUCCACUGCCCACCCCUGCCCGCGUCAUGCCCUCUGAGCAGCCCCUGGUGCCCAUCUCUGAGUCCUCCAGGGUUCCCAGACUCCCCCGCCUCCCCAUCACUCAGCCCACUCCCCUGCUAGGCAACCCCCAUCCCUCUUCUCUCUCUUCCCCCUCACCCCACAGCACCCCAGCCCCAGCCCCGUUCUAAGGCGCAGGGCCCUGGACACACAAGCUUGCUUCUCACUUGCCACAGGGACCACGUGCAUCCUUGGCUUCCCCCUGCUGGGAGCAGCCCAGUGAAGACCUCGACACCCCUUUCUAAGCCUUGUCAGGAGUCCCAGGUGGGGCAGGCACUGUCCGGGGCUGAAACCCCCACACAAAGUAGGCAGGUUACAGGCAGCCUGUGCCAGCCAAACAGGGGCUGGCCUUGCCCUGUCAGCCCAGACCCGCAUGAACAAAGGUGCAGGCACAGCCACUAAAGUGGGCUGAAUGCAAAAGUGCCCCCGAAAGUGUGUCCUAUGACCCCAGGUAGGGCGAGCCCCACACAUUGCCCUCCCCUGCGGUCCUUGGCUGGCGGCCCCCUCCUCCACCAAGCAGCAGCGACGGCCAGUGAGCCUUUCUCACAGCCAUUCCUCUGACACGCGUCUCUUCAGCUCCUUCCAUAGUGAGGGACAGAUCAUAUGAGGUCCACCUGGAAGUUCAGGAGGCUCCCUUCAGCUCAAGGUCAGCUGAUUGGUCACCUAAUGCCACCUGCGCCCGUAACCUCCUUUGCUGUGCCAGGUAACUCCCUCACAGGUUGGACACGGGCAUGGACAUUUUUGGGGAUCAUUAUUCUGCCCAAGCCUGCCCAGGUUUGGAAAGCCCUUGGCUCCACGGUGUCCUUCACAGGUGGGACCCCACACGGCCGGGCAUGCAGCACACACCAGGGUCGCAGGGCUGGGGUGACCACUCAGCACUCUGGGGUCUCAGGGCAUUGUCACUUGCCUACCAGUGUCUGUGGGGUGUCUGAGCAGAUCAGCUGCCUGACACGCAUGGUAGAUCUAGGGAGGG